AGUUUGCAUGUUUUCCCCGUGUCUGCGUGGGUUUCCUCUGGGAGCUCCGGUUUCCUCCCACAGUCCAAAAACAUGCAGUCAGACACUGCUAUGUUGAAAUGAAUCAGAUAUGACUGAUGUGGAGGCGACGUAUGAAGACUUCAUAGCCUCCGGAAGGACGGGCAGGAGAAAUGCAGUGCAUGACAUCAUGGGAGAAUCGGGAGGGCUAGACUCCGGCGGACUCUCGGAGACGCUUUCGGAGCUCAGCAUCAACAAAGCAGAUGAAGGGAAUGAUGGAACGAAAAGUUCAACCUCUGCUGAGUCGAAUCCCAAACCAGAGGAGAGCAAAGACGAGGGAACGUAACACAUCCCUGUCGGAUGAAGACACGUCCCCUUAGCUCCAUCUAGUGGUUAAAUAUAAAAUAAACUGACCAUGGCAGAUCUGGUACACACACAGCUGUGGUGCUGCCCUCUGCUGGCCUGGUCUGGAAUUGACACAGACUGGACAUGCAGCUUCAGUACAGGAUGAAGUGCUCAUCGAGCUAACUUAGCUAAUUAGCUAAUCACUGUUAGCUGUUAGCCUUAUAAAUGGAGCCAUAUCUGUACUUAUAGUGGCUCAAGUUAAAUCAGAUCAAGUGAUAGCUGGAGGUUUUCGAUAGACAGUGGACGGUGUCGACUUUCCAAAAUCUGAACAGUGAAGAGAUGAUUCGUGAUCCACUGCCAAACUCUCCAUGUUUAAAUUGAAAUACGUCAGUGUUUUGAUAUGUAUUAGUUCUAGUGUUGUUAUACAUUUGAAUGAUUUAUUUAUUCCAGAUUUUUCUUCCGUAAAAACACGUGUUUUUCUUCCAAAAAGAGAAAAACAAUCAAUAAGAAUUUUCACAUAAUCUCCAGAUGCUGCACUGUGACUGUUGGUGUGCAUGACACGAUUAUACUCGUAAUAUCCUGACAUUAUUUGUACAAAUAUGCAGAUGUGUACGAUUCCAGUAUGUUGUGAUUUACGAUCGUGUGAUUUCCUUUUGUAAUAAAAAACACUUCAUUAAAA